UUAUUAAAAGCUAUCAAAUCAGUCUGGCUCUCUGGAAUGCCCUCUGGGGACGACAUGGACAACCAAGCUCCUGUUUUGGAAACUUCAACAUCCCAGGCUUUCAGGAGCCUGCGCUUGGUUAAACUUUUGGGGAAACAGAGAACUACAACUACCAGGAUGCAACGGUUCAGGCUCCGCCCAGGACGUUGCGCCAUCCUAUUUUUCGCCGAUCUGCCGGCCAAAACUACAAAUCCCAGAAGGCUCUGCCGCAGCGCUCUUUCUAACCGUCUCGACACUCCCACUUUUUGAAGAGAAAUUGAGCUCGUGUUGCUCAUUGGGAAGUGUAGUUCGGUGGUGACCGAGCGCUCCAGGCCUGGGCGCUGCAAUAAGGCGAGCGAACUGGCAGCCCUUGAGUACCCGCUACGCUCACCGUCCGCCCGGAAGAGUAAUCUGGUUCGGUAGGACUCUGCACUCGGGGUUGGCUGCGAAUGCAGGCUCCCGUUCUAGGCCUCAGCAGCUUUUGCCCACUUUGCAAAUAAAGGUUGAGAUUGCUGCAUAAGGAUUUCCCUGUUAAAAUGUCCUUGCCCCUUACAGAGGAGCAAAGGAAAAAGAUCGAAGAGAAUCGACAGAAGGCACUGGCUCGCAGAGCAGAGAAGUUAUCAGCAGAACAGCCCCAGAGUGCAGGCGCGGGCUCCUCCAUUGCCGCCGGCCCUUCCCAGUCCACGCAGGGCCCGUCCCAGAAUCGUCCAAGGGAGCCUUCUCAGCCGCUGAGCCAUGGUGUCAUGUUCAAGCAGCAGAAUCUCAGUAGUUCAUCUCAUGGUGACCAAAGACCUCAGAAUUCCCCCGGUUUUCAUCUCGGCACACCCAAGCUGGCAAAGGAGACAGAGAAGAGCCAAGAAGAGAUGUCCACAGCCUGCCACAGCGCCCCAGAUCCAAUGACCCUUGCUAGGAUCUCCCCUCCGUUAGCACAAAGUUCUCCAAAGGUCCCUAAGCAGCAGCUCUUGAGUUAUGACUUAGGUCAAGGUCAUUCUCAGGGGACCCAGUCAACACCCUUUGCUAACACAACUCGUGAGCCAUUGGCCAACAUAAAAAAUUUCCAGAAAACUCCAGCCUCUUCUUCCAGACAGCCUCCUCAGGAUCCUGACCUGGGGACCAGCACUGUAAUGCCGUCCGCCUCGGGGCAGAAUCCUUCUGAUCCGCAUUGUGGUUCAGGGGGUGUGACACCGAGGACAGAAAGACUCCAGCAGAAACUGGGGGCCUCCCUCCAAAAAGCAGUCACCUCCCAGCAGGGAACUUGCAUAAGGAGUGGAGAUCGGUUCCAGGUGAAGAUCGGGUACAAUGCAGAGCUCAUUGCCGUGUUCAAGAGCCUGCCCAGCAGAAGUUAUGAUCCUGCCACCAAGACGUGGAACUUCAGCAUGUCUGACUACAGUGCCCUGAUGAAAGCAGCCGAGCGCCUCCCAGCGGUCACCCUGCAGCCUUUGGAAGGGGCCGGAGGCAGCUCGGAGCCCUCUUCCAGCACCAGGGCACUGGCCGGCCUGCCCUCUGCCCCAUCCCUCGCCUUCGUCAAGGGGCGAUGCAUGCUCAUCUCCCGGGCCCGCUUUGAGGCCGACAUCGGCUACUCGGAGGACCUCAUCGCACUGUUUAAGCAGAUGGAUUCCAGAAUUUACGAUGUCAAGACCAGGAAGUGGAACUUUCUCUUGGAAGAGCACAAUAAACUAAUUGAAAGGGUGCGCUGCCUCCCGCAGGUCCAGCUGGAUCCCCUGCCCAAGACCCUCGUCCUGGCUUUCGCCUCCCAGGUGGAGAAGACGUCUCUCCAUCCCACACCGGACGUGCCCGAGGCUGACCUUUCUGGAGUGGACUCCAAGCUCGUGUCUACUCUGAUGCCCUUUCAGAGAGCGGCAGUCAAUUUUGCCAUAGCCAAGAGAGGCCGCCUGCUGCUUGCCGACGACAUGGGCCUGGGGAAGACCAUCCAAGCCAUUUGCAUCGCCGCCUUUUACCGGAAGGAGUGGCCGCUGCUGGUGGUGGUGCCAUCCUCCGUGCGCUUCACCUGGGAGCAGGCCUUCCUACGGUGGCUGCCAUCUCUGAGCCCAGAUCGCGUCAACGUCGUGGUGACCGGGAAGGACUGUCUGACAGCUGGCUUGGUCAACAUUGUCAGUUUUGACCUUCUUAGCAGGCUGGAUAAACAGCUAAAAACCGCCUCUUUUAAAGUUGUCAUCAUUGAUGAAUCCCACUUCCUCAAGAAUAGCAAGACAGCCCGCUGCCGAGCCGCUAUGCCGCUCCUGAAGGUGGCCAAGAGGGUGAUCCUGCUGUCGGGCACACCAGCCAUGUCCCGGCCCGCGGAGCUCUAUACGCAGAUAAUUGCAGUCAAGCCGACCUUCUUCCCUCAGUUUCAUGCCUUUGGACUUCGCUAUUGUGAUGCCAAGCGGCAGCCUUGGGGCUGGGAUUACUCCGGCUCCUCCAACCUGGCGGAGCUGAAGCUGCUGCUGGAGGAGGCGGUCAUGCUGCGCCGCCUCAAGGCCGACGUCCUCUCCCAGCUGCCCGCCAAGCAGCGCAAGAUGGUGGUCAUCGUCCCAGGACGGAUCAGCGCCAGGGCCAGGGCUGCCCUGGACGCCGCAGCCAAGGAAAUGACCACCACCAGCAAAACCAAACGGGAGCAGAAAGAAGCCCUCAUUCUCUUCUUCAACAGAACAGCUGAAGCUAAAAUCCCAUCUGUCAUUGAGUACAUCCUGGACCUUCUGGAAAGUGGAAGAGAGAAGUUUCUGGUGUUUGCACACCAUAAGGUGGUUCUGGAUGCAAUUACCAAAGAGCUGGAGAGAAAGCACGUGCAGCACAUCCGCAUCGAUGGCUCCACGUCCUCCGCAGACCGAGACGCCCUGUGCCAGCAGUUCCAGCUGUCGGAGAGGCACACUGUGGCAGUGCUGUCCAUCACGGCCGCCAACAUGGGCCUCACCUUCUCCUCGGCUGACCUGGUGGUGUUCGCAGAGCUGUUUUGGAACCCAGGGGUGCUGAUCCAGGCUGAGGACCGGGUGCACCGCAUUGGACAGACCAACUCCGUGGGAAUUCACUACCUCGUGGCGAAAGGCACUGCUGAUGACUACCUCUGGCCCCUGAUCCAAGAGAAGAUUAAAGUUCUGGGGCAAGCCGGGCUUUCUGAGACCAAUUUCUCAGAAAUGACAGAAGCCACUGAUUACCUCUACAAGGACCCAAAGCAGCAGAAGAUCUAUGACCUGUUCCAGAAGUCCUUUGAGGAAGACGGCAGUGACACAGAACUCCUGGAGGCAGCAGAGUCUUUUGACCCCGGAAGUGCUUCAGGAAUAUCUGGAAGUGGUUCCCAGGACUUAGGAGACACCCUGGGUGAAGACACAUUGACAGGCAGUCCACCAAAGAAAAGGAGAUUUGAAUUUUUUGAUAACUGGGACAGCUUUACUUCUCCUCUGUAAAAGGGACCAAAAAAAAUUAAAAAUCAUGGAGUUCAUUAAAAUAAGAUAAGGUAUUUUGUUUUGAAAGCCUAUGCUCCUCUUGUCUGCAGCAGUGGCUAUGUCUGUUGGUAAGCCUGCAGUAGCUCCAACAUUUCCAGUCCCCCAUGGUUGGAUGCAGGCUUGCUUUGGGUCUUAGUUCACCUUGGCUUUUAAGCUUUGACAUGCAGGCAGUGGGUUGUAGCAUGAUAAUUCAUGUUUUUAAAAUAAUGAAGUGCUUCCUACACAUCCCUUGAAAUCUAGAUUUUUUUUUUUCAAUUUAGUGACAACAAAUAUUUAUAGAGCACCUGUUGUAUGCUUGACACCAUUCUAGGUACUGGCAAUAAUUUUGAUGAGCAAAAAUGAAAAAAUACAUGCCUUUCUGGUGUUUACUCAGUGGGAAAGGCAAUAGUUUUACAGCCUCUUUCCAAUAAAAGUCUACUUAUGGACGUUAAAAUUUGAA